AUGUUUAACGUCAACAUCGUCGACUCACCACCGGUUUUCACUGCACUGCCUGCUACCGGAUCUAACAUUUUCGACGGUCUCAAACAGGCCACCGAAACCCUUCACACAUUCAGCGUCACCGAUAGCGACGACACCGUUACGUGCUCUGCAAGAGCGCCGGAAAACGCCCUUUCUGAAGAGGUCGCCGGCGUGGCACCAAGAUUUACAGUUAACGUAAGGAUGGGGGUUACGCUAAGAGCAGAGAACGGACCUUACGUCAUCAACGUCGACUGCUCAGAUGGCGACAAUGACGUCACUGCGACGUUCACACAACCAGUGAUGGAUACGGAAAUCCUCCAGUUAGGAUAAGAAGUUUAUUGCGGCUGAUGUUGACACAUAUCUCUAUGAGGUUAGGGGAAACAUUGGUGAACGCUGCCUGCCCGACAACACGAAAAUGUUGGCUCUGUACAAGGUCAACCCCAACGCUGAGUGGGUCUUGAAACACAGACAACGCAUGAAAGCCGAUUAACCGCAUCUUAAAAUUGUUCGACAGAGACUGAAAUUUUGCUGGCAGAGAGAAUGGGCAAAACCUCGUAUUUAGCGGUUCUGACAAAAGCCCUCCAUCCCAUUUCUGUGUAUAGCUCUCAUUUCCAUUUAGAGCUCCAAUAACUAUUUUGAGCUCCCAUUUCUAUUUAGAGCUCACUUGUGUUUUUAGAGCCCUAAUGUCUGUUUAGAGCUCACAUUUAUAUGUAUUGCUCCCAUUACUAUUUAAAGCUUCUUUGUUAUUGUAUGUUUUCUGCAAAGUAUUAUACAUGUAUUAUAAUUACUGAUGCUGGCCCUUUUUGACCCAUAUCCGACAGUGUUGUCUCAUUACAUUUACUGUUAUGUGCAUCACAAAUGUU